AUGGCUAGUUCCAAAACACAGAAGGCAUGUUUCUAUUCAGACAUCAGAGAUGUUUUGAAGAAUCACAGGGCUUUGAAUGUGGCAAAUAACAAUGUGUAUGACACAUUGUUGAGAACUUUAUCUGAUUGUUCUGAGGUGGAGCUUGUUGUAAAGAUUGUGAAAGACUUGGAACACUGUAUUAGUUUGUUGAACUUGGAUUACAAGCCCCUUGUAGGCUUGAUUAUGAAACUGAACUGGCUGGACAAUGGCCCAGAACUGAUCAAAGCAUUCCAGUCAUUCAUGCUGAACCUGGUGUCUGCUCAAAUAUUUUACCUGAAACCUUGCUUGACCACGUUGGUAGCCAUGUUUGCCCAAGAAACCACUAAGGGUCCAGAUGACGACGGUGGAAAGAGAAAAGAGGAUUUUUCUCACAUUCACUCACUUCUCAAGUCUAUUUCUCAGAUUGUACCCAUGACAGGAUCUGUAUUGGUUCAGAUUCUUGACAACCGUUUUCCAUAUGUUACCAAGAGUGUGUCCUGCUUUGAAAAUUACACACAGAAUAUCUUGUUGAUCACGACCUACAUGCCAGUGCAGCGCUUGGAUAUUCUGGAGAUUGUUGUCAAAAACAUGCUCAAGUUGGAUGUGAGGUCAUCACGUCACGACAUCAGCUCAGCCCUCUCAUCCAUCAUGGCUGGGACAGACCACGUUGAUCUCAUGGAUACAACAUUUGAUAUGGAAGAGGUUUCACAAGUUGCCUCCGAGAGUUCACAUGAAGCUGACAGCAGACUGUCUGCUGCCUUACCCCAGGCUGCAUCACUGGACGCCAUGUUGGAGCUCACGUUUCACUACGUCAAGGAUCAGUGUUACACUGAUGCAAAACUGGACUGGGACAGGACAAAGAGACUGUACAGAGAGCUUCUGUCUGUGUUCAACAAGUUAAUUCUGCCCACACAUGCCUCAUGUCAUGUACAGUACAUUAUGUUCUAUGUUUGCAGCUUUCGAGAGGUAUUAGCAGAUGGUUUCAUUGACUACCUGUGGAAGAAAGUGACAGACCCCACUGCAGAGAGUGUGUAUAGGCAAAGUGCUGCUUGCUACAUUGGCAGCUUUAUCACCAGGUCCAAAUAUUUAUCUGUCAAAACAGCGAAACAAGUAGUGGAGUUGAUGGUCAAGUGGAUUCACUCAUACCUUGACCGAACCUGUGACCAAGGAGCUCACGCUGAUUUGGCUCACCAUGCACCCUUUUACUCUGUUUGCCAGAGUGUCUUUUAUAUCUUCUGCUUCAAACAUAUGGACUUCAUGGGCAUGAAAGGUUACAGAUGGGCAGAGUCCUUGAAUUUGCAGCGGAUUGUCACCAGUAAAUUAAACCCAUUGCGUGUGUGCAUGCCCAUCAUAGUUAGCACCUUCGCCUCGGCUGCCAGACUACACCAGCUGGCUUUCUGUGAUACAGUCAUAGAGAGGAACAACCGGUACCACCUCCCUGUCGCUGCCUCCACAUACAGCACUGAGGGUUCCAGGCAGACACAGCUGCAAUCUUAUUUUCCUUUUGAUCCUUAUCUACUCCCAAGGUCGUGCUCACACAUUAGGCCAUUGUAUAAAGAGUUUCAUGGCAGUUUGCCUGGAGAAGAUGACGACGCUGUUGAUGAGGAUGAAGAUGACUUUUUGCCUAGUGAUGAGGAAGAUAUGAACCUAGCAGCCUGUGAUAUCAGCUUGUCAGUCGGCAAGAGCCCUAGCAAUGUCUUACAAUAUGGAAUGUCACCAGGCUUCAAGAACGGUUGA